AUGUAUCAAGAAAGCCUGCAGAUUUAUCAUAUGUGGAGACUUGCCGUCCAAGAAAGAGACGAAGCAAGAGAACAUCUCAAACAUUCGCUUGCUGAACUUUCUCAACUAAGGGAACUCUAUGACGCUGUACUGUUGACUGAACAGCAAAUGAUCACUUAUUACCCCGAGGCCAUUGAUGUAACUACCUGUCAUCAGAAGUGUAACUACGAUCACUUCCCUGGUGAUUAUCCGUCGCGGUUCUUGUCUCCGUCGCCGUCGGAUCCCGUCUCUAACCUAAGUGUUGAUUCAUCUCCGUUGGAUCUCAGCGUCCCUGCAAAUCAGAGCCGUUCUGUUGUUGCUGAGAAUAUGAGAGAUUACGAAACCAUUGUGCUGGAGACGAUAGGAGGAACGUUGCCGGAAUACGGUAAGUUUUUGCAAGCUGUCAGUGAAGCUGGAUCGUUGGUUGAGUCAUUGCUCGUAACCGGUCCGGUUCCGAAAUGGAGAAAUCCUCCGGUUCUAUUGUCUGGUAAUAAUAUCACAGGAAAUUGGAGUUAUGGUGGUUUGGAGUAUGGUUCGCGGAUCCAAAACCGGUCUUUCUCAGGCAAAAUGUCAAAUUUCAGUUUGAUGUCUUAA